AUGAAGGUGACAGUAAUCUUUCUUCUUGGUGCCUUGGCCCUGUUGAGUUUAUCUGGUAACACCAGAGCUGAUUCCCUGGGAAGAAUGGCUAAUUGUAACAAUGAAGUUACUGGAUGCCCUAGAAAUUAUAAUCCUGUCUGUGGGACUGAUGGAAAUACGUAUUCCAAUGAAUGCAUGCUAUGUACUGAAAAUCAGAAGCGCCAGAUACCUGUCCUCAUUAGAAAAUCUGGGCCUUGCUGA